CUCUCCAGGCUUCCGUACCUUUCUAACAGCUAAUCAGUGACUCAUUGAUCAUGGUUUAGAGUCUCAAGUCUCUCAAUGCUGCUAUAGUAAUAAAAUUCUCAGGUGUUUUUGAAGAACCGAUUUAACCCGUUUCUAAUUAUCACGAUUAGUAAAUCCGGUUUUUUCUUGGAUUUGUUAAGUUUCGCACGGGAUCUGUUCAGUGCUUUGAACCAGUUUGUUUUUAAUCAUGUUUCACCGGCCGGUGCUUAAAAACAGACGGACUCUUCUGGAGCGGGCAGAAAAAUUCAUUUCUGAUGUGUACUUCACCGACUGCAAUCUCAGGGGAAGACUUUAUGGAGAAACCUGUCCGCUUGAGUCUCUCUCAGUGUUUCAGACUGCAAAACGUAUCCCAUACUCAGAGGCAGUUCAGCAAAACUUUGAGCCUUGCAAAGUUGGUGAUGCAUUUGGACCCACGUGGUGGACUUGCUGGUUCAAAGUUGUCCUAAAAAUUCCAGAUGAAUGGAAAGGGAAGGAGGUUCAUCUGAGAUGGGAGAGUGAUGGAGAGGGAAUGGUAUGGCGAGACCAAGAACCAGUCCAGGGUUUGACCAAAGAAGGUGAAAAGACGAGUUACAUCCUGACUGAGUGCCUGAAACAGAAUGAACCCCACAGCAUGACCCUGUAUGUGGAAUUAGCGUGUAAUGGAUUGUUUGGGGCUGGACAGGGUUCCAUGAUAGCUGCCCCUGACCCGAACAGGAAGUACACUCUUCAUAAGGCUGAGCUUGUUGUUUUUAAUCAAGAUGUGCAGGAGCUUCUCACUGACUUUGAGAUGCUUGUGGACAUUGUUAAGGUGCUAGGUGAAGGACACCAGCGUGGAUAUCAGGCUUUGUUUACAGCGAAUGAGAUGGUAAAUCUGUGUGACCCAGCCAAUCCCAGCUCUUUCUCUUCAGCCCGUAACCUGGCUCAAAAGUUCUUCAACCAGAGGAAUGGACAAAGCCAACACAUUGUGCAUGCUAUGGGCCACUGUCACAUUGACACAGCCUGGCUGUGGCCAUAUGAAGAGACCAUCAGAAAAUGUGCACGCAGCUGGGUCACAGCAGUCCGCUUAAUGGAGAAGAACCCACAGUUUAUCUUUACUUGCUCCCAGGCACAGCAGUUUCUGUGGGUGAAGAACUGGUAUCCAGGCCUGUUCUCCCAGAUCCAGCACUUUGUGCAGAAAGGACAGUUUAUUCCAGUUGGAGGCACAUGGGUGGAGAUGGAUGGCAAUUUGCCUUCUGGAGAGUCUAUGGUCAGGCAGUUUUUAGAAGGACAGAACUUCUUUAAAGCAGAACUUGGACAAUACUGCAAAGAGUUCUGGUUACCUGAUACAUUUGGCUACUCUGCACAGCUGCCUCAGAUAAUGCAAGGCUGUGGUAUCUCCCGCUUUCUCACUCAGAAGUUAAGCUGGAAUCUUAUCAACACGUUUCCACACAGCACUUUCUUUUGGGAGGGCAUUGAUGGAUCCCAAGUGUUAACGCACUUCCCUCCUGGGAACUCCUAUGAGAUGAAGGGUAAAGUUGAGGAUCUAAUCAACACCAUCAGGAACAACAAAGACAAGGGGCGGGCAAAUCACAGUGCAGUGCUGUUUGGUUUUGGCGAUGGAGGUGGAGGACCUACCCAGGUCAUGCUGGACCGCUUACAGCGUGUACAGGAUACAGAUAGUCUACCCAGGGUUCAAAUGUCCAGUCCAGAUCGUCUCUUCGCUGAACUACAGGCUGACUCUGGGCUCCUGUGUACCUGGUCUGGUGAGCUCUUCCUUGAGCUGCACAAUGGCACUUAUACUACUCAGGCAAAGAUAAAGCUGGGGAAUCGUCAAUGUGAGGCCCUACUGCAUGAUAUUGAGGUGGCCAGCUGCCUGGCACUGUGUAAAAGCUCAGGUUUCUCAUACCCAUCAAAAGAGCUUCAAAAAUUAUGGAGGCUUCUCCUGCUCAACCAAUUUCAUGAUGUCAUUCCUGGCAGUUGCAUUGAGAUGGUGGUAGAAGAUGCAUUACAAUAUUAUGAUGAAAUUCAAAAGACUGGCUCCAGACUCCUGCUUUCUGCCUGCGAUGCGCUAAGAUCUAGUCCCCAUCUUGGAGCAGGUUCCGGGACAGCAGUUCUCAAUACACUCUCUUGGGAGCGCACUGAAGUCAUAGAACUGCCAGAAGAGGGCACUCAGAGAAAGCUAGUCUUGGUGAAAGCCCCCAGUGUGGGAGUAGCUCCAGUCAUAGAGUCUGCUGAGCCUGCAUCUGUAGUCACUGUAACAGUGCAGCCUGAUGGUACUGUCAGAAUGGAGAAUAGUCUUUUGAAGGCUGUCUUGGACAAAAUGGGUCGUUUGGUGUCCUUGCUUCAUAUGCAGACAAACAGAGAGGCCAUUUCCGAGGGCUGUUUUGGAAAUCAGUUUGUGGUUUUUGAUGACAUUCCUUUAUACUGGGAUGCAUGGGAUGUGAUGGACUACCAUCUUCAGACCAGGAAGCCUGUAGUGGAUGUGGCACGGCCUGCAAAAGUGCUGAGCUCUGGAGGGCUGCGAGGAAGUGUGACCUUCUCCCUGUGCAUCAGCGGGAGGAGCAGCAUCAUACAGGAAGUCAUACUGGAUGCCAACUGUCCUUACAUCAAGUUCAGCACAGAGGUGGAUUGGGCAGAGGCACAUAAGUUCCUCAAGGUGGAGUUUCCUGUGCAGGUUCGCAGUUCGAAUGCCACCUAUGAGAUUCAGUUUGGUCACCUGCAGAGACCUACACACAGAAACACAUCCUGGGACUGGGCUCGCUUUGAGGUGUGGGGCCAUAAAUGGGCUGAUCUCUCAGAACAUGGCUUUGGCGUGGCUCUUCUGAAUGACUGCAAAUAUGGCCACUCUGUUCACCAGAAUAUCAUGACCUUAUCAUUACUGCGAGCACCGAAAGCACCUGAUGCCAAUGCAGAUAUGGGGCAUCAUCAGUUCACAUACGCAAUCAUGCCACACGAAGGCUCUUUUCAGGAUGCAUCAGUCAUCCAACAUGCCUACAACCUCAACUUUCCGCUUCGUCUGAUUCCUGACGUCAACAUCGUCAAUCCUUGGAGGGCGUUCAGCAUUAGCUCAGCAGCUGUCAUCCUGGAAGUUAUCAAACAGGCUGAGGGAAGGAAGAAUGUCCUUGUUGUCCGUCUGUAUGAGUCUUACGGAAGCAGUGUCGCUGCAGUUCUGUCUACCUCCCUCCCAGUGCGAGAGGCUUGGCAUUGUGACCUGCUGGAGCGGCCUGGGUGUCCUGCUGCAGUCACCGACAAUGAGAUUUCCCUCACUUUUAAACCGUUUCAGAUCAUCUCACUCCUGUUGCAUCUACACUGAGCUAAACCCAUCAGCACAUAAGCCUUGAUAUUUACAUAUUUCAUGCAAAUAACUUUUUUUAAUUUUAUGAUUUUCUUGUAAUUUCUUGAAAGUUUAUGUAACUUAGUAAUAAAGUCAUCUUUUUGAGUUAUUGA